CGCACUCGCCAGGACUACCAAUGCCAUUUGCAGACACAUUAUCCCUACCGAUGCCUCAAAUGCGACUACACUUCGCGCACCGAAGGCCGACUGAAGCGACAUCUUAAGGAUUUCCACUCGAACGUGCCGCCGGAUAACUUCUCUGGCAAAGCGAUGCGCCCGAGUAAACCGAAACUGCAGAAGUGCAAACAGAUUAUCCAACAAAUGACAGCAACACACAAGGUUACAGCAGGACAAAGGCGCUUUUUGGAUCGCAUUGUGUUUCAGGACCCGAUAGUCAAACUGCUGAUGAUCAUCAUUGAAGAUGACAGCACGGAGACACGUUGUACUGCGGAACAAAGGGCAAUCGGUUGGCUCAGUAUAACUGUCACCAGAACUCGCGAGGGCUUGCGAACUGCAGGCCGCUCUAUUUGA